GUGAUUAGGUAAGUGAUUUAAGUAAGAUUUGGGUUUACAUAGUUCAUAUCUCUCCAUUUACAUAUGGCUUUAUCUCACUUGACACAGAUAAGUGAAGGGUUGGUGUCACUGUGAUGUGAACCUGAGGCUGAAGUCCAGCUGUGACUGGGCAGGAGACAGUGUGAAAGGUUUUCUCUGAAUCUGAACUCUGCAGUCGACAGCCCUGCUUGCAUUCUGGUGUUCAUUUCGUCAGUGUAGAGAAUACAGUAGGUGAGAGGGAAGAGAUCUGAGUAGAGAGAACAACAUAUUUCAUCUCACACAGGAGGCUGUACUGACGAGAGACGUGAAGGAUGAGGUGUUUGAGGUGCUGGCUGCCAGCAGUGGCCCUGCUGCUGCUUAGUGUGGCCGAAGUUGACAUGGAGCAUCUCCAAGCUGAAAACCUGAAUCUCAUUCCCCCAGAUGAGCAUAACUUGGUCCUGAAUCGUGGAAUGAGAGUACUGCCCAGAGACUGCCAUGAAAUGCUGAUGACCUUAUCUGGCCAGGCGAGAGACGGAGUGUACCUGAUCCAACCGGGGGACUCCCCAAUCGUGGCCUACUGUGCCAUGCAGGAGGGAGGCUGGACUGUGGUGCAGCAUAUUACCGUUAACAGCAGCGUGAAUUUCGAUUGUACCUGGGCUGAGUACAAGCAUGGCUUUGGGCACAUAACCGGUGAUCACUGGCUCGGGAAUGAAUACCUUCAUCAGCUCACCCGCGGCCCUGGACGCUAUAAACUGGGAGUAAAACUAGUGGACCGAGAUGCCAUCACUAAGACAGGGGAGUAUGAUCCAUUCAUGGUGGAGGAUGAAUCAUCAGCAUACAGGUUGAGGCUCGGGUUGUUUCAGGGCACAGCUGUAGACGCUCUUACACUGGACACAGAGAACUACCUGCAUGACAACCAAAGAUUCACCACUAAAGACAGAGACAACGACAACUACUUCCAAAAUUGUGCUAAGCUGGAAUUUCAGGGGGUGCCAGGAGGAGGUUGGUGGUAUGACGCAUGUGCAGGUGCCAACCUCAAUCGCAGAAAUGUUAUCUACUGGCAAAAGGACUGCAACAAGGAGCGACUCUGCAAGUAUGCAUGGAUGAUGGUGAGACCUUCAGACACUGUUAAACUUAUUCCCAGUGGAGACUGCAAGAAGGAUGAGCUAUAAAAGUUCUCAGGAUUUGUGAUGCCGAAUGACACUGAGUUUGGCAGCUAUUGAGGGCCAAAGAGUUUAGUUGCUUUUUUAAGUUUUCUUGGCAACAGACACAGCACAUUGAACAUCCAAUUCACCACAUUUAAUUCAGAAAUGCAUGGACAUGAUCACAAAAAAAGGACAAAAAAGUAAUCACAAACUUGAAACACGGUAUAAAAAUGCGGUACGGUUUUAGCUCUAGCUUUGUUUCCAUCAGACACCAUUAUCAAUACAUAAAGCAAAGCAUCUCUUUCAUUCCUCACAUUGCAAGUGCAGAUUUCUGGUUCAUCACAGUUACAAAAAAAAGUGUUUAAUGGCAUUGUAGCUUGUGACACAUCUCCCAUCCAGUGCGUACAGAACAUUGCACAGUUGUUGCUUUUUUUUUAUUGUUGUUGUUGUUUUUUUUGCCACAGUACAUUACAAGUUUGCCAGAAAUACACUGAAGAUAUGAGAACAUAUUGAUUUAGCAACAGUAAUUCAGAGAAAACAAAUACCGUGUAUCAAUACUCAAUAAAAAAAGAAAAUAUCCUGAGGAUGAAGAGUAAUAAAGAGAUGAUAAUUAACAAUGUGUGCUAUUAAAUCCUCCACACAUUUCCAAUUGUAAACACCGACAUUGUUUGUCAUGUAG